GACGGAGGCCUGUUAACUCCAAACUUCCUCGCGUCUUAUACGUCCUCAUAUGCGUGUCGUCCCAGGGUUAGAUCGGUAGCGGCGUGUUAAAUACUGAUCGCCGAUUGCGAGUAUCCUUCGAGCAGCGAUUACACGCGCGUACGACAUCACGAUAAGUUUGAUCGAAUAUCCGAGUUAUAUGUUUUAUAGAUAUGAAUAAACAGGCAUAUACGAACAGUGGAUAAGGUCGAACAGAGGAUUAUUUGCCGAUUGUGAAGUGUCGCGGGAUCGGAGAAAGAGUAAAUUACCGGUCAUCGACCGUACAAUCGCACAAAGUGGGGAGGAUUACUCUACCCCGAAAAUCGGAUUCGCACCCCGUCGCAGCAUAUCCCACGGGUCCCUCUACAAGGCGGGGGGGGGGGGAAAGAAAAAAAAAACGCCGACGUACAGAGCGUUGGGACCCGAAAAUCCGGCCGGUUGUAGGUGGACGAAUUUAUCAAAAGAAGCCAAGACAGUCUCAUCAUGAAGGCCAACGCGCAAUUACAGCAGUUCAAAAAAUGUUUGAUUCUAUUCACGGUUGGGAUAACAUGCAGCGCAUUGGCGUACGCGAUCUAUGUGAUAAAUCCAAUCAAGGUGAUAGUCGAACAAAAGCUGAGAAUGGCUCCCGGUACGCUGGUAUUUUCACUGUGGGAAAAACCGCCGGUGGACAUUUACAUAAAGGUCUACAUAUUCAAUAUCACGAAUCCCAACGAGUUCAUCGCGGGCACCGAGAAGCUGAGGGUCGAGGAGAUCGGCCCGUACGUUUACCAGGAAAUGCUCGAGAACCAUAACAUAACGUGGAAUCCCAACGGGACGGUUUCCUAUCGUCCUAAGAGGCUGGUCUACUUCGUUCCCGAGAUGUCUGUUGGCGAUCCGAAAGACGCGAUACUUCGGGUGCCGAACGUUCCGUUGCUGGGAGUGGCGUCAGCCCUACACGACAGCAGCUCCUUCGUGACGGUUCCGCUGUCGGGUUUCAUCGAGUUGCUGGAUAGUCAAACGAUCCUGAACAUCACCGCCUACGAUUAUCUCUGGGGGUACGACGACACUCUGGUUCAUCUGGCGAGCAACCUGGUUCCAAACUUCGUCAACUUCCGCAAAUUUGGUCUGAUGGAUAGGCUUUACGACGAGGGGAAUAAUCUCAUGACGAUGAAUAUAAAAAAGAAUGAAAACAUGACGGAUGAAGAUGGACGGUAUCUUAGCAUCGAGAUGCUCAACGGAAAUCCGGGACUAUCAAACUGGGGUUGGGUGCAGACCGAAGCCAAUGAGACGAACCCAUUAAACACGAAAUGCAACCGCCUCCGUGGUUCGACAGAAGGUACUUUGUUCCCUCCGAACCUCGACAAGCACGCUGUAUUCCGUGUGUUCAGAAAGGCUUUCUGCCGGACUUUGCCGAUCAAUUUCGUGAAGGAAGUGACUACGGAAAGCGGGCUUCCCGGUUACAUGUACAACUUCGUGGAAAAUUUCCUCGAUCCGCCCGAUGUCAAUCCCGACAACGAGUGCUACUGUCGCGAGAAGAAGAAGUGCCUGAAAAUGGGGCUUUCCGACAUGACGCCGUGCUACUACAAUGUGCCAGCUGCAAUGUCAAUGCCACAUUUCUACAAGGCCGAUCCGAGCCUGCUAGAGGCCGUCGACGGUCUGAAGCCAGACGAAGAGAGACACGAUACCAGAAUCAUCCUUCAACCGACCGUCGGAAUACCUUUGCACGUCAACUCGAGAAUGCAAACUAAUCUGGUCAUGGAAAACGUCCAGUGGAGUGAAAGGAUUAAACCUUUCAACGACCUGACGAUACCGCUGAUCUGGACGGAUUUGUUCAUCCCCGAACUGCCGAGCGAUCUGAUCCUGCUGCUGAGGCUGGGACUACAGAUCGUCCCGGUCGUGCAGACGGUGGUUAUCAGUAUUUUGGGUGUGAUUGGUGUGACUACCUUCAUUUUCUCCCUCUUGAAAACCGUCUGGAUUGUUCACCAGCAGGCCAAAGAGGACAGCAAAUCGGAAGAUUCGAACGACCUUAAAAUCUCACUGGGUUACGGCCAGUACAGUUCAAUCAGGAUUUUACCAGCCAUCAAAAAAAUAACGUCGAGAACGGAUCUCUUCGCAAGGGGAUAACAAAGGAGCUGCAGUAUCAACCCGAGGACAGAUACCGUAAACUGUGAUUCUUGUUGCUCGGAAAAUAAACUUCAACUUGAUCAAACUGUCAUUUUAACGACCGUGAAAAAAAUUUUGCGGAAACUGCCGACAGAAGAUAUUCAAACAAUGAAAACAAAAUUUAAGAAAUCGCUGUAUAAAAAAAGGCCCGAAAGGCGGUUCAGUUAUACCUACGUAUGAAUUGCGAAGGGGGAUAAUUUAUGUUUUCACCCAACGCGUUUUUCGUUCAAGUAUGUGUCAAACGUUCGAUAAGUUUGAUAAUCCUACGUAGAAGAUUCCGUAUCGUAAAAAUGAUCCGCGAGAUUUCGUCAGGAUCCUAAUACGCGUUUGAAUAAAUUCAAUGGGCACCCGGACUUUUCGGAAGCAUCGCUAGCCAAAUUUUCACAAGUUACUGGCGGCUCAACUCGUCAAUGGCUUGCCACCUACGUUUGCAAAGCCAAGCCUGAAUUGAAGUAAUUUAGGUUAAUCAAGGGGAUAUCAGUCACAUUCCAGAAUAACCGAAUCUUCAAUGACGGAUGCGAAGAAGAGCCCGUAACAACCGCGUCGAAGCAAUCGGUGUAUAAUUGAUUUAUCACGCGUAUUUCUGUGUACACGUAUUCGAAGAGCGUAGAAAAAAAUGACAAAAGUACAAGUGCAUGUGCGUGUGUACUAUAAACACUCAGUGCUGUAUGAGUAAAGUAUAUAAUUUUACGGUUAGAAGAUUUCACUGGAAUGA